AUGCUCCAAAACUCAGCAGUGAUUCUGGUGCUGCUUAUCAGUGCUGCUGCAGCGCACGAGGUGGAACAGAAUGACUCUGUGAGCCCCAGAAAAUCCCGGGUGGCGGCUCAAAAUUCAGCUGAAGUGGUUCGCUGCCUCAACAGUGCCCUGCAGGUUGGCUGUGGGGCUUUUGCAUGCCUGGAAAACUCCACAUGUGACACAGAUGGGAUGUACGACAUUUGUAAAUCCUUCUUGUACAGUGCUGCUAAAUUUGACACUCAGGGAAAAGCAUUUGUCAAAGAGAGCUUAAAAUGCAUCGCCAACGGGAUCACCUCCAAGGUUUUCCUUGCCAUCCGGAGGUGCUCCACCUUCCAGAGGAUGAUUGCCGAGGUGCAGGAAGAGUGCUACAGCAAGCUGAAUGUCUGCAGCAUCGCCAAGCGCAACCCAGAAGCUAUCACUGAAGUCAUUCAGCUGCCCAAUCACUUCUCCAACAGAUACUACAACAGACUUGUCCGGAGCCUUCUGGAGUGUGAUGAAGACACAGUCCGCACAAUCAGAGACAGCCUGAUGGAGAAAAUUGGGCCCAACAUGGCUAGCCUCUUCCACAUCCUGCAGACAGACCACUGUGCCCAGACACACCCCAGAGCUGACUUCAACAGGAGGCGCACAAAUGAGCCACAGAAGCUGAAAGUCCUCCUCAGGAACCUUCGAGGUGAGGGGGACUCUCCCUCCCACAUCAAACGCACCUCCCAUGAGAGUGCAUAA